AUGGCGCAUGCGCAGUCGUGGCGUAAUAUAUGGACCACAAUUAGUCCGCCCACUACGGCUCGCCCAUACACGCGCCAGAGUAUUUUCGAUUCUCUGCGCGCUGUCCAGGAAGCACUGAUACGCAAAACCGCCAAUGAGCCGAGACACUUCGAUCACUUCCCUGUUCCGGAGCCCGUGAAACCCACCGUCGAGAUGCACCACCAUGCACGUGUGAACCCAAAUACCAAUGCCAAUCCUAACAUUAAUGACAAGCUUCCAAAUCGCUACAGCGGCGUGAAAACGUGGAAUUUAGGAUCAUCACUUCACACUGGCUCGAGAAAUCUCGGUGUAGUCUCGGAUAAUACGAGAAGCGUCGACAAACAAAAAGAUAACAAGUUUGAUGCGAUAUCAAAUCUGAAAUCCCAACAAGCAGAUAAUUCUCUGAACAAUCCUGCUGAAGUCAAUCCCACUAAUUUCGGCGUCCUCGAAGAAGCUGGGAUGCUAGGAAUUCUUCCUACUAUAUCUCCUAAUGCUGACGUCGCUGGCAUGGAUGGCGUGGUUGCUAUAUACGCCAUGGAUCAUAACCAACACGCCGCAUCGCCAACGCGACAGACAUCCACUGCGAACGUCGUACCGACGUCUCAGGUCACCGCGGGUCGGAGCUCAACAACGCGACGUUUGCGGGUGCUGCCCAAUGGGUCCAUUGUCGACUUUGGCAUAGACGGGUCAACUCAAAUGACAGAUCAUGCUAGACCAACGCGACUGGCGCCCACUAUAACCUCCGCCUCGCAACACACCAUGACUUCCGCCGCGCAGCCACAGUCCACUUCAGUCUCUAACGCGGAGCCUGUCAGAGUCUCCCCGGUGGCCUCUGUAGGUCAAGGUCACGGCGAGCCUAUUUCUACGUCGGGUUUGUCCAUUAAAAUUCGUUAUCCAGAACCCACUUCAAGCACCAAGUUUCCCAACCCCCAGUCAACGCAUAGCAGCUCAACGCAUAACAGCCCAACGCACACAAGCUCAAUGCAUAGCAGCUCAACGCAUAGAAGCUCAACUCCUAAUCACAGCGAACCAAUGCCAUUAGCAAAACCGAAUGACUCUGAUCAGAAUAACCUUCAUGAGUCGCAUCAUCAAAACUCAUACAGUUCCGACGACGUUGUGAGCUCGAUCAUGGAAGACCCUAGGUACUUCCCUAGAGCGAAGACGUUAGCGGGAUUGGAGGCACUGGAGAAACCCAAGACCGCAUUCGCCUUCAACCUCGCAGAUCUGCCGGCGAACUUCUCUGUCCAUCUGCCCACUCCCAAGACGACAACACACAAAACCGACGACGACCACUACUGCAACUACGACGACGACCACUACACCUACGACGACGACAACCACGACAACAACAACACCGGCGCCGACGGAAAAUCCUGAUGAUGUGGCAUUCUACUCACAAGGCGGUAUGGGGAUCAACAUCACUUACCUGAACGACAACCAUGUGUGCCCGAGCUCUCGUGCGCGCUGGCAGGAUUUCACCGUGUAUCUUGAGACCAAGCCGAGGCUGUGCAUGAUACAAGUGACGUUCAACGCUCGGUACAAGCGUGAGCCUAUUUAUACCAACACGUGGUGGGGCCAGACGGUCGACUACGUCUACACCACGGUGUAUGACCCGGAGGUCACGUUUAUGGACGCGUACAACCCCGGCUCUAGUCGGUCUCUCCAACGUACCGUUGCGCCAUUUUAAUUAAAAAACGGUCAUAUAUGAACCGGAAUGGAGGAUGGUGGACCUUCACGAAUGGCACGGAAGUUGGUAUUCAUGAAUGCCCGUCACAGAUAUUGCGUCAUCAGGGGCAUCGUGUGAUCACCAUGAUGUCAUUUCCGCUGCAGCAUUAAGCAAGAUUAUUUUAAAAGAUUGGUUAUAUAUUUGGAAAGAAAACUGUUUUUGAUGAAUACCAUUUCCUACAAUGUCUUAAUGAUUGAUUCAUUGUUUACUCGCAAAACGUGUUUUUUUCGUUCCCGUGUUACAACCGCGUCUGUGACAAAUAACAGAAAAACCACAUCGUUUCUUCAUUACUAAUUUAUAUUAAAAAAUGUACCUCUAUUAUUAUUUCACUGUGCAGCCUAUUUUUUUUUCAUCUUUUUUAAAUAAUUUAAUAAUAGAAUGUGUCUGCUUUACUUCCGGUUCUUGUUAGAUGGUAUCAUUGCUAUUGCAAGAUAUUCGGUUAUGUGCAUGCAUGUUUGUAUUAAGGAUUUUAUAACGUUAUUAUAUAUCAUAAGUCUUGUAAAAAAACUCUAUUUUUGUUGUGCCGACGCUGAACCUUGUUUAUAUAAUAUUUUGAGUUUUCGGACCUUGCUAAAGUAGAUUAUAUUCACUAACACUUUUAAAUGUGCGAUAUUUUUACUGCAUUCGAUUAAAAUCUCCUCAUUAACUUUUAUAUUAACACAAUCAAGAGGAAAAACAUAGAUAAAUAAACAAUUUAAGUUCCUAAUGGAUUUUAUCAAGAUUCAACAUUGGCAUGUAUCCGAGUAUAUAUCCAAAUUAAUUGCACGACGCGUUUCUAAUGUUUUGCCAUUUCGUAUUUGAUUGAAAAUGAAUGCAGUUUGUUUUGUUGAUCAAAGACGUGUGUAUAUAUGGGGUUUCUAUAAGUAUUGUACAAAAUAUGGUUAACCAUAAUUUCAAAAAUGUGUCUACGUAUCUAUAUUUGCAUUGAAUACGAGUGUCAAUAAUUUCACAAAUUGUGUGAUAUUGAUCGACCGUUACAUUUAGAAAAUAAAAAUCUCUACAUAGUAUAAUAACACGAAGAUUAGUACUGCUGUUUUCACGCUAUUGAUGUGUAUUUAAUAA